GCGAGAUCUGUUACGAAAAGUGUGUGUUUGUUUGUGUGGGUGGUUGCGAGAUCUCGCGAUAUUCCGAGGGACCCCUCCUGUAGUUCUGCACUGCCGCUUCCUGAAACUAGAGAGACAGUGGAGCGCUGCACGAACCGGGACCAGAAACGAACCCCGAGAGCCGAGCCGAGCCGAGCCAGUACGACACCACACCCAGCCCGACGCUGUGGGGGAGACCCGCCGCCGUGCACCCCCGCUCGAUCCUGACACAGGCCGCCUAGCCUCGGGCUCGAGUACCUCUUCCCCCCCGGGCCAGAUCCGCCAGGCCAGGGCCUCUGUCUGGCCCCGGACUUGUUGCCGAGAUGCCUGCGAAGAGGAAGCCGGUACCCCCGGCCUUAAACAUCACGCCUUCAGCGGGGGAGGGAAUGCCUCCCACAACCUCGAUCGAAGCCGCUUCGGAGGCUAACCUGGAGGCCCUGCAGAAGAAGCUGGAGGAGCUGGACCUGGACGAGCAGCAGAAGAAGCGUCUCGAGGCGUUCCUCACGCAGAAGGCCAAGGUGGGCGAGCUGAAGGACGACGACUUCCACCGGAUCUGCGAGCUCGGAGCUGGCAACGGGGGCGUGGUCACCAAGGUGCGGCACAAGCCCUCGGGGCUCGUCAUGGCCAGGAAGCUGAUCCACCUGGAGAUCAAGCCUGCGAUCCGGAACCAGAUCAUCCGGGAGCUGCAGGUGCUGCACGAGUGCAACUCCCCCUACAUCGUGGGCUUCUACGGGGCCUUCUACAGCGACGGGGAGAUCAGCAUCUGCAUGGAGCACAUGGACGGCGGCUCUCUGGAUCAGGUACUGAAGGAAGCCAGGAGAAUCCCGGAGGAGAUCCUUGGAAAAGUCAGCAUAGCGGUUCUCCGAGGCCUGGCCUAUCUCAGGGAGAAGCAUCAGAUCAUGCACAGAGAUGUGAAGCCCUCCAAUAUCCUGGUGAACUCUCGCGGGGAGAUCAAGCUGUGUGAUUUCGGGGUGAGCGGCCAGCUCAUCGACUCCAUGGCCAACUCCUUCGUCGGGACCAGGUCCUACAUGUCUCCGGAGCGCCUGCAGGGGACGCACUACUCCGUGCAGUCGGACGUGUGGAGCAUGGGCCUGUCCCUGGUGGAGCUGUCGAUCGGGCGCUACCCCAUCCCCCCGCCCGACGCCCGCGAGCUGGAGGCCGUGUUCGGCAGGUCGGUGGGGGCCGGAGCCGAUGGGGCUCCCCCCAGCACCUCCCCCAGACCCAGACCCCCCGGCAGGCCUGUGAGCGGCCACGGGAUAGACAGCCGCCCCGCCAUGGCGAUAUUCGAGCUGCUGGAUUACAUCGUCAAUGAGCCUCCUCCCAAACUGCCACACGGAGUCUUCACCCCAGAAUUCCAGGAGUUCGUCACCAAAUGCCUCAUCAAGAAUCCUGCAGAGAGGGCUGACCUGAAGAUGCUGGUGAACCACACAUUCAUCAAGCGCUCCGAGGUGGAGGAGGUUGACUUUGCCGGCUGGAUGUGUAAAACGAUGGGACUGAACCAGCCCAGCACCCCGACCCGCACUGCAGUGUAGAGGGACAGCAAGCCGGGCACGGGAGGGAGGGAGGGAGGGAGGGAGGCGCUGAGCUGCCCUGUGUCUGUCUGUCUGUCUGUCUGUCUGUACAGCGCUAGGAUCCACCGCUCCUCCUCGUUGCUCCUCCCUGACCCCAGCAAGCGGCUCAUUCUUUUUCUUUCAUUCUUUUUUUCAGGCAGUCGAAAAAAAAUCAAAAAUUAAAAUCAUUAAAUUUAUAAAGUUUCUUUCAGCGGCUCUAAAUUCAGCAGUGUUUUUGUAAUAGUUACAGGUGAUUCAGCUGUAGUUGACUUUCUCAAGCCAGUCCGACCCCCCCCCGUGUCGUCGUACCCCCACCCCCCCAGGAAGGGGACUUUUCUUUUCAUUCGGAACAUUUCUCUUGUUCUGUGUGCGUAAAGUCCAGAACAAGCAGGCUUGAGGCAAGGGUCUCUGCUGCGUCUCUCUCUCUCCCUCUCUCUCUGUCUCUCUCUCACACGUUUCAGUGCUGCUGCUGCUGCUGGUGUGUUCUGCUCUCUCUCGCAGCGUGAGCUGGAUUGUAAUACUGUAAAGAUUGGGGGUGGGGGGGGUCCUGAGCUCUUGUGAUCGCCCCCCCCCCCCCCCCCAGCGACACGCAUCUUCAGACAAGUUUAUCAAAACAAUGAGAUUCCAGCGCAGACGCCUGAUAAUCUCUCCCAGCGCGGGACAGCCUGCUUAUCUGACCAUAAACAAACGCAUUUAACUCAUGGAAUGUUUUUGGGGGUUUAAUCAUCUUGCUGGUAUUUAAAAACAUCUCUUUUUUUUUUCCCCCCCAUCCCCAUUUCUUUCUUUUGAUCCGUGUAGAUCUAUCUUUUUGUUUGUUUGUUUUAUUUGGUUUUUUGUUUGUUGUAAAGACAAUAACCUCAACGAAAAUCACGACUUUGAACAAAAACGUGCAUCAGUCAUUUUUUUUUUUUUUAUUUAAUUUUUUGACAAGUAAACCAUGUAGAUUGAAUGUAUAAUUUAAGUAAAGUGUUUAAAAUAAUAAUAAUAAUAAUAAUAAUAAUAAUAGUUACCGUGGUGAUGUGUGUUCUUGUCUGUGGUGUGAAGGAAUGUUCUGUGCUUUUUCUCCUGGACUCUCGAGGUGGAGGUGAUGAGGAGGACAGGGUCGGGUUCAUUCUUGAUUUUUAGUUCCAUGUUUUAGAGACCUCAUCAGAGACGUUGUUGAGCUGCUUUCACCUGAAGCCAGUUUAGCUGACUAACGGGGGGGGGGGGGCUGCAGUGUCCUUGGUUGCCACUGUGAGAAGCUCGUUGCAGUUUCGAUCACUGAUGUGUUGGAAUUGAUUUCAAAUGGGGAUUUGGAAAUCGACUCUAAAAAUGAAAUGGAAUCGGAAUUGAAAAACAGGAAUUGUCCCCCAGCCCUGGACGAUGACUCUCUCUUUGGAUCAAAUCCUCUGUUUUUCAGGAUCAAGUGCUUUUAGUGAGUCUCGCAUGGGGACGGCUUUCCCCUCUCCUCCUCUUUUUUUGUUUUGUGUUGUUUUUCUCCCCCCCCCCCCCCCCCCCCCCCCCCCCCGCUGUGCUUAGAUUUCAAAAGGGUUAGCGAAACAUUGUUUGUAAAAGUUCUUGUUUUUUUUUCUUUUUUUUUCGAUAUUGGUAAUAAAUGGCACUUUACAUUGCAAAAAUAAAUAAA